AUGCAUUGCCAUAGAAUUGCGUGCAUAAUCGGUGUCUUUUAUUUUCUGCUUUUCAUUGCUGUCACAUGGAUAAGUUCCGUUAAGACUGUCCCUGGUACUUUACAAGUAAUUUCUAUCCUUUUUUUUGUCAGUGUUCCGAUUGUUAUAAUCGCAAUAAUCGCUUUCAUUUCAACAUCUCGCGUCGAGCUGCCUACAACAGCUAAGGUGGAGCUUCUGAAACAAACAAUCAUACAACGUCCAGCUGUUUCUACAGAAUUGUGGGAUGUAGUGGCAGCACAUAUGAACGAUUAUUUGUGUGCUAGCGGUGUAACUUCCUUCCCACUUUAUUACUAUGAUGGCAACGAUUGCCAUGAUCAUUUUAAGAGCUUGUUUCUAGAUAGCAAUGCACCAUCUCCCGCAGAACUUCCAAGUGAGAUUAGCGAUAAUCAACAUGAUAGUAAUAUUAGGAAUGAUCCUAACAGAGACAUUAGGCCAAUUGUUGAUGAGGCUGUAAAGGUUUAUGAUCAGAGUGUGAAAGAUUAUUGGAGACAACAGCUUGGGGAAGCGUCUUCGCAGUUAUCUGAGUAUCCUGGACAAAACUGA